AUGAAUAUUCUCACCAACUUGACGACGCUCUUCACCGCGAUGACACUCUCAAGCGGUGCGUACGCCGCCCGGAUGGGACGAUCGAUCCCGGAUUACACCACAUCAGAGGCUGGCAAUCCGUUUGUGGACGGAUGGUACGCCGACCCAGACACAGCUGUCUACAAUAACGAGUACUGGGUUUACCCGACAUCAUCAUACGCAUACGAGGAGCAAACGUACCUUGAUGCGUUCUCCUCCAAAGAUCUCGCGCACUGGACGAAGCACUCGAAUAUCUUGACAAAGGCUGAUGUAUCAUGGGCUCAAGAGGCUAUGUGGGCACCUGCCACCAUUGAGCGCAAUGGAAAGUAUUACAUCUACUUCGGCGCAAACGACAUUCAAGAAGGCGAGAAUAACGUGGGUGGCAUCGGCGUCGCGGUGGCGGACAAGCCUGAGGGCCCUUACAAAGACGCCAUCGGCAAGCCCCUCAUCGGCGAAUAUCACAACGGCGCACAACCGAUCGACCAAGACGUCUUCAUCGAUGACGACGGCCAGGCUUACAUUUACUACGGGGGGCACGGACACGCCAACGUCGCCAAGCUGAACUCCGACAUGAUCAGCAUAGGGAACUUCUCCGACGCCACCCAGUUCAAGGAGAUUACCCCCGAAAACUACGUUGAGGGAUCAUUGAUGUUCAAACGGAAUGAAAAGUACUAUUUGAUGUGGUCUGAAGGAGGAUGGACCGGGCCUGACUACUCCGUAUCGUACGCCAUCUCAGACUCUCCCCUCGGGCCUUUCAACCGCGAAGCAAAGAUCCUCCAGCAAGACGCAGCCGUAGCCACGGGAUCUGGUCACAAUGCUGUGAUCAAUAUCCCUGGAACCGACAUCUGGUACAUCUUCUACCACCGCCGACCACUGGGAGACACUGACGGCAACCACCGGCAACUCGCUUACGACCGCAUGUAUUUCGACGAGAACGGCAAAAUUAAGCAGGUCAACAUGCUUGUCAAGGACAAUUUUAGUGAUGGAAAUCUUAUUGGAUGGAAUACCGCAUUUGAGGGAAAGUUUUCAGUCAAGGAUAACCAGUUGAACGCGGAAAAGACGUCGGCCUGGAGCGGCAAGGCCCUUCUGAAUACGGGAUUUGAAGAUUUCGUUUUCGACAUCGACAUCACCCUCGUUGACCCAGACGUCAACUCAACCGCCCGCGACUCGGGUGACGCGGGCGUUCUCUUCGGAGUUACUAGCGCUUCAGCAGGUAUUGACAACGUCACCGGCUUUUAUGCAGCUGUAGACGCAUCCGGGGCAGUUGUCCUAGGACAGAUGAACCAGAACUGGCUCCAGCUUGCAUCUGCUGACCUGGACAUCAAUGCGGGAACAAAAUAUCACUUGCGCGUUACGGCGAUUAACAAGGAGGUUAAAGUGUUUGUGGACGAUAUGUCUAUAUCGAAACUCACUUACACGGUGUCAGUAAGCACGAAGGGAACAAGCGGAGUUCGUGUGUUUCGUACCGGUGCGCUGUAUGAUAAUCUUUCCGUGGCGCAUACGAGCAAUUAG